AAAUUCUAGCAGUUUCUUCUUCACACAUUGUCUUUCGUACCCGUUUGACACUUUUGACAGUAAAAAACUGCAAUACAUUCUUUUUCAAUAUCCGGUUCAAGCAAUUGUUGAACAUAAAAGAUGGCACCAAGGAAGGCUAAAGCUCAGAAAGAGGAAGUUCAAGUAUCGCUUGGACCACAAGUACGUGAUGGUGAAUUUGUAUUUGGUGUAGCCCACAUCUAUGCUAGUUUCAACGAUACAUUCGUCCAUGUUACCGAUUUGUCGGGCAGGGAAACAAUUGCUCGCGUUACUGGUGGUAUGAAGGUGAAGGCUGAUCGUGAUGAAGCUUCACCCUACGCUGCUAUGUUGGCUGCUCAAGAUGUUGCUGAAAAAUGUAAAACUCUUGGCAUUACUGCACUUCACAUUAAAUUGCGUGCCACUGGUGGAAACAAAACAAAAACUCCAGGUCCUGGAGCACAAUCAGCUUUACGUGCUUUGGCUCGUUCAUCAAUGAAAAUUGGACGCAUCGAAGAUGUUACACCAAUUCCAUCAGAUUCCACACGUAGAAAGGGAGGUCGUCGCGGUCGCCGUUUGUAAAACUACAAAUUUUACAUUUAUUAAUAAAAGAUAUAUUUUGUUUAUUGUGUUUGAAUAAACAAUAAACAGAAUAAG